CAAUUCUUCACACGCCUCUGGUGAUAACGCAAUGCUCGAUUACUCUGGUCUGAUCUAUAAAUCGGCGAUCAGUCCAGUCAGCACUGAAGCGCGUGUGUAAAGCAGCAGUGGAUUCUUGGUGUUGUUUGUGUGUUGAACUAUGGAGGAGCGUCUUGUCAAAUCACGACUUCCUCUAGUACAAGGUGAACUUUUGGGAGUUCAGUCUCAUCAUGGAAAGAUAGCAGAGGAUUUAACCAAAGCUUUCCUGAAGAAAAGCAUUCCCAAGAUGACCUCUGCUGCAAUCGAGGAUAUGAUGCUGCGCAAGGCAGUGGUACUGGAAUAUGCAAGACCGAAGAAAAAGGGAAAGAAAAAAAAGGCCAAGGGGCUGAAUGCUAAAGAGAGACGACGACUGAAAAUAUUCCAGCUCAAACCUGAACAUCAAAAGUAUGAGCUCUUCUUACCUCUGCAUGAGCUUUGGAAACAGUACAUUGUGGAUCUAUGCAAUGGAUUGAAACCAGCAAGUAACCCACAGAUGAUCCAGCAGAAGCUCCUGAAAGCUGAUUUCCAUGGUGCUGUUUUAACAGUGGUCAGAUCAAAAUGUCCCUCGUAUGUAGGUCUUACUGGCAUUCUAGUACAGGAACUGAAGCACAUCUUUAAAAUCAUCACAAAAGAAGACAAACUGAAAGUCAUCCCUAAAAGGAAUAGUGUGUUCAGUGUGGAAAUAGGGGAUUUCGUAACGCACAUCUAUGGCAGCAAGUUUGAACUGCGCUCCAGUGAACGGUCAGCAAAGAAAUUUAAAGUUAAAGGAACUAUAGACUUGUAAUGGAAAACUGUUGCCACAUUACCAUGUAACUGUGGGCUGAUCCUGGAACCUAUGAAGAAAAGAUAUUUCUGCUUAAUGGACACUUUUUAGAAGAUUUUCUUUGAAGCAUUUGAUGCUUUGAAAAUCUUUUAUUUAUUUGGAUAUAAAUCUGAAUUUUUUUUAUAUAGACGUUCAGAAAAUGUUUCAUUUGGAGAUGUCCACUAGGUGGAGACCAUGAUACUUUUUGCUUGUUUAAAAAAAAUGACUUUACAUCUCUUAGUUAUAAAAGAACAAAUAUGUUUGACUCCUCUGUUAUACAGUAAAUGAAUGAAUGAGUAGA